ACUAUAAACGUUCAUUCAAGUUUUACAUAAACAGUGAUGGUAUGUAAGCACAUUGAAAACAAUUCCGUGGAAUUCCUUUCUGCAAUAGAGUGCCGGAUGGGUGCUCAUUCGGUGAAUUCCAGACCAAGCCUAAGAAGUCGGUAUUCAAUUCGGGGGAAUUAUCAUAUCCAGCAUUGGAAAGUGAAAUCCCCAACUUCAUGAACCGUACUAGGGGGUACCGAAAUUAACUCCAACAAUGACAUCCAUGGAGUAUGUCAAAGCGCUGUGCAGAAAGGUUUCUUUGAAGGAUGCACUGCAUAUUUUGUUUACUUCACAGUGCCCACCAGUAGAUUCUUCAAUAUAUCUUCGACUGUUGCAGUCUUGCAUUGCAAAUAAUGCACUUUCCGAGGAAGUUUGAUGGAUGCUCGCAAGCUUUUCGAUGACAUGACAGAGCGAGACCUCUUGUCAUGGAAUAUGAUAAUUAGAGCUUACGGAAGACAUGAGUUUCCUCAAGAAGCAUUAGUACUGUUUUACCAAAUGCAGAGAACAGGGGUGCAACCUGAUCAUUUCACCUUUGCCAGCAUCCUCCCGGUUUGUGCCAAAUUAGGAGCGCUGGAACAGGGUUUUCAGAUCCAUCAGCGCGUAACCAGAAGUGGGUUUGGGUUAGAUUUUGUAGUUCAUAGUGCUUUGAUGGACAUGUAUGCAAAAUGUGGAAGCAUGCAGAAGGCGCUCGAGUUGUUUGACAGAAUGCCUCAACGAGAUGUGGUUUCAUGGACAGCUAUUAUUGCAGGAUAUGCACAAAAUGGACUAGCUGAAAAAGCCCUUGAAGCUUAUCAGCAAAUGCAACAAAGAGGUGUACAACCAGAUCAGUUCACAUUUGCCAGCAUCCUUCCAGCAUGUGCCAAAAUGGGAGCUUUGGAACAUGGAAUGAACAUCCAUCAAAGCAUAAGGGAAAGCGGGCAUUUGUCCAAUUGUAUAGUCCAGAGUGCUCUAAUAGACAUGUAUGCAAAAUGUGGAAGUAUAAAGAAGGCCCGCAAGUUGUUUGAUACCAUGCAUCGACGGGACGUGGUCUCAUGGACUGCCAUGAUUGCAGGAUAUGCAAUGCAUGGCUAUUGCAAGGAUGCCCUCAAACUGUUUCAACUAAUGAUGCACUCUGGAACUCAACCCAAUCAUGCAAGCUUUGUUUGUGUUUUAUUUGCAUGCAGCCAUGUAGGUUUGCUGGAUGAGGGCUGCAAACUAUUCAAUUGCAUGAGUGACUCCUAUUGCAUUAUGCCUAAAAUGGAUCAUUAUGUAUGCAUGGUUGACCUUCUUGGACGAGCUGGCUAUCUCGAGGAAGCCUUUAACUUUAUCAUCAAAAUGCCGAUCAAACUGGAUACGGUUGUUUGGAUUUCCUUGCUUGGCUCUUGUAGAUUACAUAAGGAUAUAGGGCUUGGAGAAUUUACAGCAAGUCUGCUUUUUGAAACUUACCCUGUAAAUACUGCAGCUUAUAAUCUUAUGUCAAAAGUGUAUGCAGAAGUAGGCAGGUGGGGUGACUUUCAAAAGGUAAGGAGAUUGAUGAAAGAUAGAGGAAUUAAAAAGAUGCCUGGAUGCAGCUGGAUCGAAGUCGAUAAAAGGGUACACGUGUUUCUCGCAAGAGAUAGAUCACACCCACAAACACAGAAGAUUUAUGCAAAACUGGAGGAAUUGUCUUUGGAGAUGAAGGCAGCAGGGUAUAUGACAGAUUCAAGAUAUGCACAGAAUGAUGUGGAGGUAGAGGACAAAGAUAUAUUCAUUGACCACCAUAGUGAGAAGCUGGCAAUUGCAUUUGGAUUGUUAAACACGUCCCCAGAAACAACCAUUAGAGUUGUCAAGAACCUUCGAGUAUGUGCUGACUGUCACACUGCAACCAAAUUUAUCUCCAGGAUAGUUGCAAGAGAAAUUGUUGUGAGAGAUGCAAACAGGUUCCAUCAUUUCAAAAGUGGACACUGCUCCUGUAGAGAUUAUUGGUGAUGCUAAAUGCAUAGUGUUUUAAACAGAGGCUUGCACUUACAACAAGGUGCAUUGAAUUGGAUUUUCAUUGUUAAGAAGGAAUCGGUUUUUUCUGUUUCCUUUUCAGUUUCAGAUCUAGAUAACUUGAUCAAAUCGUAUAUAGUAUUGACCAUUCCUUACAUAUACUGACGAGAUAUCUAUUAAAUCCCUGUUCUACAAUGCGAUGGUCGAGUCAUGAUAUUUAACUGUUUUGAGGAAGCUUGUACAAUUUUCUGGAAUUAAAAGCUGGAGGAGGCAAAAGAAUGGUUAUGUGAAAUAAUGGCUGAAGGAAACCAAAAGCCUCUCUAUCAGCAUGAAAUCUGAUAUAAGGGCUUACAAACAACCCAAUGCUAAGAUGUCUGGGAUGCUGCUUUAUAUGCCCAUUGCUUUAUUGCAUAGCUAAUAUGUCUGGCAAUUUUUUGUAAUGAUCUUAUGGUUUUUGAAAACCAACAUACAUGAUAAUGAUGCUUAUGAAAGAUGUUAGUGACAGAGUCAUAAAAACAAGGUUGACAAUUUUGCAGGUUUGGGUGAUGAGCAAUAGAAAGUUGACUUCCACUCUUCCUACAAACUAGCAAUUCAGGCAAUGCUAAAUGAUCCAGCUAUUAGAUCUCAAGGCCCUGACCGAGAAUCAAGACCUUGAAGUCCUGUACUGAGAAUCGUGGAUCCUUACCCCUCUCUUUCACGAACACUAGAUUCUUUAUUGAAAUCCUCUACCCACCCAGUUAACAAGUCCGUGAUAGAGAUCCAAAUAAUGGACAUUGUAAGCUACUAUACAACACGGUCUUCGAACAGAUUUUAUAGUCUCAGUUUCAAACUCAAUUUGCUGUAUCAAUGGAUUGCAACAUGGAAUUCUCAAGCUGAAUAUGAGAUCAUGAGAGCAUCAAAACAAUUUUCUCAU